CUGCUCUCCGGGCUCAGCCCCUCGUCCUCUGAGAGCUGCUGUCGGUUUCGCAGGACCCUGGAGUCCCGUCGGGGCUCAGUCGUGGCUGCCGGGUUGAGGGCGGUGUCCUGCUGACUCUCCAAUCCCGCGCACGACCCACCGGUCCUCCGCACGGUGGGGCAGGACGGGACUACCUCCUGACCUUCCAGUGUCCUGUUCUUCAAAACCAAGGGAAAGAGGCCGGGGGUGGAGCCCAGUGGCAGAGCCCUGGCUUCAUCCCCAGAACUGCAAGACCAAAGAACAGCUGUCCCCCAGAGCCCUUGGCAGGCGGGGGCUCCCACAUGUCCAGUCCUGUUCCCACAGGCUGAGAGGCAGCAGGAGGCCAGGGUGUGGGGCCCUUCAAGAGAGGAGACUCGCCAGGUGAAGCAGAGGCCUCCAUCUUGAGACAAGGACCCUGGAGUCUAUGGAUGGGAAGUGAACUGCCUGAGGUCCUUUGGCAGCCCGCCUGGGUUCGGGUUUAUUUGAAGGAGUCCUUAGAUAGGAAAGUCAACCCCAGUGGCAAUUCUGGUUCUGAGUAAAAGGGGCUCACUUUACCCAAAUUAAUCUAAUGAGGCUUAGAAAUCUAAUGGGGGGCUUAGUGACUGUAAUCUGAGGCUACCCACCUUCUUCCCCAAGCCUGCUUCUCCCCCAAGGGGUGUACCCCUAGAGGAUGGGCCCCACAGGCAGGAUGAGCCCGUUCUUACAAGUGUUGCAGUUCCAGGUGGGACCACCAGGUGGCGGAGCAGCUGCACCAAGCCCUGCCCCCAGGAGUCCCAGGGACAAAAAAAAAAAAAAAAAAAAAAUUAAAAAUUAAAAAUUCCUUGGCCUGGAAGAGGAAAGUCAGUUGGAGAUUCCGGGAGCCUUCUGGCAAAUCCGGGAGGAUUGACCUUCUGCUGUAAGCAAAGCCUAGGGUGUCCGUGACUGGCAAAGGGCAGGAAAGAAGAAAAAAAUGCUAAAAGCAUAUGGAAGAGGAAGGAGAAAGGGAAAUGGAUUCCUGACUCCAGCAGCCCCCGGGGCCAGAGAUUCUGGAAGUGAGGCCCACCUCUCAGGCCGCUCAAUCCCCGGGGCUUAUUUUUAAAUGGAACUGGGCCCAGCCUCACCCGUGCAUUUUUGGCUGUGGUUUGGGCUACGAGCUCAGGUGUGCAAACCCGGGCACAGCCCCCCUCCAUUGCAGGAAGUCGGAAGGCAGAGAGGCGUCUCCAGCUUGCGUCCAGGUCCAGCUUCUCCAGCGAGGAUGGAGUCUGCCCCGCGCAGGGCUGAAGUGCAGGUGUUUGCACGGGAGGCCUGGCCUUUGGAUGGCCAAGGCUGUGGCUAGGCCCAACUAGCUCCGCUCCUGCCACCUCCUUUGCUUUGGUGUGACUUGAUUCCCUCUCCCUUUGCUAUUUUAAAAUUCAGAAUGAGUUCCAGCCCAGAGAGGCAGAGUCAGGAAGGAACCUGGCUUUGAAAUUCAGGCCCUGGCUUCCUGGCUGGCCGCCGUCUUGGCCGAGUUCCCCAGGCCCUCUGGGGAGGUUCUCAGAAGCCCAGGGUCUGGACACCCACCCACACCUCACCCACACUUUCAGCACUCCUCAGAACUCUCCGGAACCGACUCAGCUGCCUUCUUCUCACACCCUGGGAGGUGACGGGGGGCUGGCCCGAAUUUUGACCCAAAUCCUGUGUUCCAACCCACAGCUGGGAUUUGUCGUUGGACAGGCUGGAGGGCACCCAGGGGCUGUCCGGGGGCAUCAGAGAGAGUUUGGGCUUUGGUGAAUGUUUUGAAUUUGGACUCUGCUGGGUGACACUGGGCCCGUUGCCUGUCUUCUCUGGGACUCAGUUUCCUUAUUUGAGGGAAUUAGCAACAUUUCUCUCCUGGGCCAUCCUAAGGAGUGACUGAGGGUACGCAGCCUGCCUUGGGCUGUCACUAAGAGGCACAGCCAGGGGGGGCGUUGGUGUAGGGCUGGCUUCACCCUCCUGGAAGCUAGCUCUGGACAACAGGCCACUUCCUCCCCGUGUGCUGCUCAGCUCUGGCCCACAGGGGGCUGCCAAGAGAUGCCAGGAAAUGGUCGGUAUGGUCCCCACCAGGGGGGACCUGCAGUCUAACUGCAGCAAUCUGGAACCUCAGAAUAGAAGCUUCCCCAAAUAGCCCGUCUGUGAGCUGGUCUCCCGGUGCCACCUGGUAGGAGGUGCGCACGGAGAGGAAGAGGGCCAGGCCGGAGCCCUCCCGCCAGCCGGGCGGCCAAGCCUGUGCCCGCUGCCUCCUCCCCAGUGCGGGAAGCCCGUUCCUGGGCUCACGGUUGGCUUUGGCCCCUGAACUGACGUGGGGCCGGGUUCAGGUCAGGUCAGUGACUUCCCGCCUGGGAGGCCCCACCGAGAAGGUCCGGAAGGGUCAGGACGGGAGAGUGAGCUCAUCCGACCAGCGGCCCGCUGCAGCCCGCUCGUCACCCCCGAGCUGGAGCCCACGCUGAGGUUAAACUUUAACCCACCCUGGGAGGCAGCAGCCUGCAGAGGUUCCCUCACAGCUGUAACUCAGUAACACCACAGCCCUGCGUCUCCUUAAAGAAAUUAUUGUUAUUAAUCCACUUGACUCUUCCCUCUCGGUGCCCGAGAACCCAGAAGGCGGCUCAGCCCUCCCGGAGCCCGACUUGUGGGGCAGCUGGAGCAGACUGGGAACUGGGGGUGCUCCCUGCUGAUGUCCCCUCCGUGGAGUGUGGAGACAACCGAGAGGUCACUGCUGGGAACAGGACAGGGAGGAAUUCCCUCCAAGGCCUUCCAGGACCCCUCCGGACUGGCUCAGCUAGUUACAGGACUACUGUCCCUCCCCGGCCUGGCCAGGGCGAGGGGCCUGGAUCUUGCCUAUGCCACUGGUCCCCAGCAGCAGCUCAGGCCCCGACCUGCCCACUGACCACCAGGGCCGGCUCUGCCAUGGCAUUUGAACAGCUCCUGGAGGGGACCGGGGGCAUGGGCCUCUUCCAGGCCCUGCAGGUCUUGACCCUGCUCCUCCCGGCCAUCUGGAUGCCUUCCCAGCUGCUCAUGGAGAACUUCUCCGCCGCCGUCCCCGGCCACCGCUGCUGGGCCCGCGCCCUGGACAACGGCUCCGAGACCCCCACAAACCUCUCCCUUGAAGCCCUCCUGGCUGUCUCCAUCCCACGGGGCCCCGACCAGCAGCCACACCAGUGUCUCCGCUUCCGCCAGCCGCAGUGGCAGCUCCUGGACCCCAACGCCACAGCCACCAACUGGAGCGAGGCCGCCACAGAGCCGUGUGUGGACGGCUGGGUCUAUGACCGUGGCACCUUCACCUCCACCAUCGUGACCAAGUGGGACCUGGUGUGCAGCUCCCGGGGCCUGAAGCCCAUGGGCCAGUCCGUCUACAUGGCCGGGAUCCUGGUGGGCUUCUUCAUCUGGGGCCUCCUUUCCCACCGGUUCGGGCGGAAGCCGAUGCUGAGCUGGUGCUGUCUGCAGGUGGCCGUGACCAGCACCAGCACCAUCUUCUCCCCGAAUUUCUUCAUCUACUGCAGCCUCAGGUUCCUGAGCGCUUUCGGGCUAGCGGGCAUCAUCCUGACCUUGUCAACACUGAUGGUGGAGUGGACCACGACCCACAAGAGGGCUGUUUCCAUGACGAUACUGGGAUGCACCUUCAGCACGGGCCAGAUGGCCCUGGCUGGCCUGGCCUUCGCCCUGCGGGACUGGAGGGACCUCCAGCUGGCCGUGUCUGUGCCCUUCUUUGCCAUCUCCCUGAUAUCCUGGUGGCUGCCAGAGUCUGCCCGGUGGCUGAUCACCAGGGGCAAACCAGAACGAGCGCUCCAGGAGCUCAAGAAGGUGGCCAGGAUAAACGGCCACAAGGAGGCCAAAAAGACGCUGACCAUAGAGGUGCUGAUGUCCAGCAUGGAAGAAGAGAUGGCCUCUGCAGAGGACCAUGGGUCAGUGCUGGACCUCUUCCGGGUGCCCAUGCUCCGCUGGAGGACCUGUGCCAUGCUGAUGGUGAACUUCUCCCUGCUGUUCUCCUACUACGGGCUGGUCCUGGACCUGCAGAGCCUGGGCAGGGACAUCUUCCUCCUGCAGGCCCUCUUCGGAGCUGUGGACCUCCUGGGCCGGGCCACCACCAUCCUCUCGCUCAGGUUCUUUGGCCGCCGCAUAACGCUGGCAGGGUCCCAGGCCCUGGCCGGCGUCUCCAUCCUGGCCAACAUGCUGGUGCCACAAGACCUGCAGACCCUGCGCGUGGCCUUGGCUGUGCUGGGGAAAGGAUGCUUUGGGCUGAGCCUGACCUGCCUCACCGUCUACAGGACGGAGCUCUUCCCCACCCCGCUGCGGAUGACCGCGGAUGGCUUCCUGCAGUCGGUGGGCCGCCUGGGAGCUAUGAUGGGGCCCCUGGUCAGGCUGGCCCACCAGGCGCUGCCCCUGCUGCCCGCCCUCUCCUACGGCGCCAUCCCCAUCGCGUCCAGCCUGCUUCUGUUCUCCCUCCCGGAGACCCAGGGACUGCCCCUCCCCGACACCAUCCAGGACCUGGAGAGUCAGGCAUCAGCUGUGGCCAGGGGCGACCAGCAAGAGGUGGUCACUCUAGAAAGCACCUGGCUCUAGAAAUCUGCCGUGUGGAGCCCUUUGGUAAAAAACUUUGGGGGACAGACAGAGUUGCCUCUUCUCCCAUCCGAGGGUGGAAGCCCGGUGGUCUCGCCCAGCCUGGCUGCCCCGGUCAGCUCCGUGGACGCCGCGGG